AUAGUGACGUCGUGACUUCCAUUUUUUAAAUCAAUGACUGGGGCAUGAUUCACCUAUCAUCUGGCAGGAACGCUCAGGGGCAGGAGCCCAGGGUUUCUCGACACAAGGCAAUCCAUACGUGAAUUGAGCUGACAAUUGGCUGUGAUGCUUCUCGAUUAGAUCAACGCGAGUAGACGCUCCUUCCGUGGUAUUAAUAUUACUCGCCUGUGCCAUUGGGAAUCCAGUCAGGGGUGUAGCGGCUGUUAUACCAUCUAUCAAUGGUCAUAUACAAAUGGUACCCAUGUUCUUGAUUAGAUAAACGUGCUUUCCAUGAUAUAUCCCUUUAAACCAUUGAAGGUCCAUCCCCGCGUGUAACAAUUGCCGUCCCGCGUCUCGUAACGACUACCGUCCCAUGUACCAAUGAUUGUAGAGAAACCGACGUGCUCUUACAAGGAAACGGCGAAGGACUCGACUACCAAGUCACUUCCUGCCAUUGACCACACAUUGGACGCCGCAAACUCGAUGCUUCCUAUCCCCCACCAAUUCACCGAACGAGUGACGGGUACCGUAUCCGCAUUCUCAAAUCUUCCCCGAUGGAAAAUCCACCUCUAUUAAAGCAUCUUCCAUUCAUCGCCGAUUUUUUGAAUUAACACCCUUUCGACGAUCAGUCAAUCGCCGGUGUCGAAUUCAAUUGAAGCCAACACUCUUAAUCGCCGUCACCAAUAUUCGCGUAACGUACCCAACGCCAUCAUGAACAACAACCGCAACCCUCAACCCAGCACGGCUCCGCGCCCCAACCCUCUUUUUCCCAAUCUCCCACCCAUCGAACCCGCCUUAGCCCCCGCUACAGCCGUCUACAUUGCGCGAGCACUCGUUAGGCUCGAGGAAAAGCGCAAAGUUUUCGAGCAAGCAUCCCAUCACACCGCCCUCCAGCUGCUAGACGAGCUCCUCCGAAUGAUCAACCAGCCCGCUGCCUCCCCCGCCGAUUUAGAACGAGAACUUACCAAUUUCCUCCUCCGCCACCAGCUCUUCCGCAGCAUCUCCGGAAUGGAAAGAAUCGGCUACCUACGCGAGCUUCUCGACUGGGGCGGUCCCGUCAACACCGGUUUCUGGGCUUGGAUGAUGCCGGGCUUGACUUUCUGGGUCCACACUACCCGUCUCGGUCGAUAUUACAACAAAGCUCGAGAUGGAAAUUGGUUUGCUUGGUGGCAGGCACGUGGACGAGCCAUCCAUAAACACCUCCUAGGUGGUACUGCGGAGGAUGAUUUUACAGCACAUAUGUCCGAGUACGAAGCUGUUCGUCGCCAACCUGUACCGGAAGAAGUUGAAUCAAUCAGCGGCAACGGCACACAAACGCUCCCCCCAAUUUCAGAAAUUCUACGAUUGAACCUCAAUGACCCCACUGAAAAUGCCUAAGGUCAAUGGUGAAGACGACGAUCGUUAUGGACACGGCGCCGGUAGUGGUCUUCGGCGUAUGAUUUGGGGGUUAAGGAGUUAGGGGUGUAAUUUAAGAAAACAAAUUUCAUACAACCUACGUUAAUAACAAGGAAUUUCUUCCGUUGUCAUAAGUUAACGACAGUCUUCUAUUAACUUACCUUCGUGAUUUUGCUUUGUUUUGAGGUGGAAUUUCGCGAUGAC